CAUGAAUGAACAACUCUUAUACAUAACCCUCAAUGCUUAGUUACCUUUCUUUUGUAUUUUAUGCUUCUGUAAACUAGAGCAAUAGAAGAACUAGGCAUGUAAGUUAUCUAAUAUGUUGUGAAUUGGCCAGCAACACUGUAAAACAACGUUAGUCAAAUGUGUUUAUGGUUAUUGAUUCUUUCACGUUUAAACGAUGUUGAAAACUAGCCGCCAUCUUGAAAACCUCCCACUCGUCCCCUUUAACAACAAGCAUGAGUCUUAUAAGCAGUUUAUUCUGAUUCAAGUUGAAGGUCGUUCAAAGUAUCUCGUCGAUUGUAAAAAGCGAGUGUUUAUACUAGCUAUGGAUUAUACCAAUUGGUAUGAGAUUAAGAAUUACAAAGUGUAUAUUCAGAAGAAUAUAAUCUCACUGGGUAUUAAAGGCUUAGCAUUUUCAAGUGAAAGCUCUCAUAAUCUAUUUCUAUAUUUGGCAAUUUUUGUGCCGUUGAAAAAGGUUUCUUAGUGAAAUCACGCCAUAUACGUUGGCCGGUGAAGGUCAAUCGUGUGAUAUAUUUAGCUGUAAAUAUUGAGGAAGUUCGUUGUCAUUGGAGUCGAAAAGAGCUCAUGUAAUACUUUCGCUUCAUAUUCGCGUUGUAAACAGUUUAGUGAAGUGACGUAUAUAUCUUAUCUCUCGUGUUCUGAUCUUGAUUCAUUCUUUACUCAUUUGAUGUAAAUGUGGCCGUAUCUGUGGUUCACCAAUACUUUCACUCAAAUUGUUGAUGAUAACGAGCAGUUUUGUUGCCAUAUAAGACGAUUGCUUUCGUCGUCCACGGCGCUCUGCAAGCACAAAUUCCUACACGGAAUUAUGCCCUAACAUGUGUUAUAGACCAGACUUCACACACGAAACAUUACAUAAAUUACGUCAAUUACAAAAACAAAGUACACAAAUGCGAACAAAGAACAUAAAGCAAAGUAAAAAUUUUAAAGAAAACAUGGCGUAAACCGCACGAAAGCACAAGGCAGUUACAGCGGGUCCGAAAAUAAGCCAUGCUAAACAACACAAUAUUUUAUUGAAGCAUUUCAUGAUCUGUGUUGUUCGCCAUUUCCUUGUAAACAAUCAUGAAGUCCAGGUUUAUUUGUGAGAUCAGUGACGCCAUUAACUUGACCGUCAUGGGUUUAUUUGUGAGAUCAGUGUUCAUCUCCACUGCAUGUUCCAGCCGGUACGGCGACGGGCGGCCGCGGGAUUUUCCCUGAGCGAUAUUUCUGUCGAACAUCUGUUUGGAACAUUGUUUGGAAGCAGCGAGAACUCCCGGAAGUGGGACGCCGUCAGUGUGUGAAUGACGUCAUCGUGUACAUGACUGCCGUAUUUGGCGAGGUCUUGUCGUACUCAGCCGUCGCUUGGCACAAGUCAAACAUCGCAUGCAUGCUUCACAUUCUUCAGACGAACUCAUAACAUAGCAUCGCAUGAAACGAAAAUACAUUGUAAUUUUCCAGUCGUUUCUGUAGUGACACACUUUUCUUAAGUGUGCUUGACAGUAUCCAAGUUUCUAUCAUCACAGUAGGAAUUUUGCAUGGGUAAAUUCUAAGAAUUUGUGAGAAAUAUUUGAGGGAACUACUCGUUGUUUAACACUAAGUCAGUUUUCUCGAACAUUUCUUACAAAUCCUUCAAAACGUAGAAUUUACCCAUGUAAAAUUCCUACUGUGAUGACAGAAACUUUGAUACCAGACUUUACACACUGGAACCCUUACUACACCUCUAGGAAGAAAAGAAAACUUCAGGUGGAACUGUUGGCUGGAGUUUGUUUAUUAAUUGCUGCCUUUCUUUUUAUCGAAUAGUUUCAUAAACAGAAAUACAGGAAUUAAUGAAUUAAAACAGAAGUGUGGUUCCAGGCCUUUAUUCGUCGUUGAGAUGAGAGAUCCUUGCAAGUGUUUAUAUUCUCUAUGCAGUUGGCGUCGGUUCUUCCACUAGAUUAUCACGAUUCCGUUACCAUAGUAAUGACGAUACGUAACUUCAUAAUAAGCCAAUUAACAUUCUUGGCAUUUCUGUGGCGAAGAUGAAGCAUGUCCGAAGAUGGACAUCAAGCAUUCAUUCGCCACUUCCGGCGACCUCUUAGUUUCUUUGUAUGUUUCAAGUGAGAACAUAGGUCUAGAACUAGUCUGCAUAGUUGCACUUGUUUUGACAACAACACCUUGAAAUAUGAUGAAAACAUAUUGGAUAACCUCUCCAAUCGAACCUCAAAAAACAUCUUGAAAACCCGAGAUAAAUAUUCAACCCCAAUACAGAAUUUCCGUCUGGCCAACGUGUUUGAGAAGGAAAAAAGCUAAAUUCUGUCAAUUCUGAUAUUGGUUGGUUCGAGCUAGUAGCGAUAAUGUUGAACUACAUCCAUACAAAAUUGGUUUACGACUAGUCUGACACUAAAAUCUUUUGAAUGCAUUUCCUCGAGGAAUGAUAUAACAAUAACAUCCUCCUACGUAUUGUGGUUGAAUACCCUAAUAGCCAACCUACAACUGUAUAAGCUCCAGAGCAAGUUUAAAUAAACUGAAAGUGUUAAGAGUUGUUUUCAUUUGCCGAAGUUUUAAGAACAAUAUAUAAAUUGAUGAACAAAAUCAUUUGUUCACACAUACGCGCAACAUUUAUCGAUAUAAAGACCCCAAGUAAUAUACGAUAAUUUGAUACGAGGAAACGAAGAUUGAUAUAUAUAUAUUCAGUUCUUAUAAUAUGAAACGGCCAAAACAACGACAACCGUGCCUUCUUCAUUUACACUGUGAAACAUCGUAUUUGAAGAAGCUAUACGUUUUCAUUAUUUCAUAAAUAAAAAAUUUUGGCUUGAUUUGAAAUAAAGUUUGAUGCUUAUAGUGAAGAUAUUCAAUGUAUUUAUUCUAUUUUAUUUCGGAAUUGUGUUUCGACGUUCGCUAUUGUUCGUCGAGAGGUAAACAACAUUCUUGCCAAAACUUCAAUGCAUGUAAUUGCCUGUGUUAUUAUUUUCGCCUAGCAUCUCUGUUAUUCCAACAACGCGUCGCUCGCAUGCCAGUGUUGUCGCGUUCCCACACGCUGUGCGCUGAUUGGUUGAAAUCCUAAAUUAUUCAUGGCUUCGCUUACUUACGUCAAGACACUUAUUUAAUGCUACGGACUUGACGGCGUUUUCGCCCACAAAUUGCUCGGCGUCGUGUGACGUUCACGAAGAUAGCGCCAAGAUAUCGUCGGACGAGGAAAAUUUAUAAAAUUCUCUGACGGCGUUCGGAGCACCGCAAAGCGAACAGCCGUACGGCGACGUUCGACCCAAGCCGUGAUAUGAGCGAAAGUCAAGAUUCCACGGCUACGGUAUAUUCCCGGAGUGGCGAUACGGCUGUCUCCUCAGAGAUGAACUCGGAUAUUACGAAUGGCAAUAUAUUUAAAAACACUGAAUCGUUCCGCAGGGAGUCGCUUGAUAACAGUACAAGAAAUACUGUACAUGCUUUAAUACCCGAGGAACCUUUGGAGAUACAGUGUGGAGAAAAAACGGCUGUGUUGUUUGUCUCGAAACUUUGUCAGGGCAGUAAAGGUCCUUGUAUAUUCUAUGGCAAUGAAUGGUUGACACCAAACGAAUUACAGUAUAUAUGUGGCAGGGAGACGGCGAAAGAUUGGAAACGUAGUAUAAGACACAAGGGAAAAUCUUUAAAGAGUUUAAUUGCUCAAGGAUUUUUAAAAGUUCAUCCACCGAUAUGUGAUUGUCCAGGCUGCCGUGUCUCUUCUCCAGUCGUAAGUUUUUUAUUUGUCUCCUGUUUUUAACUUGCUUAUAUAAUAUAUAUAUAUAUUAAUCUGGACAUAAAUUUACUACUCAUUUCAACGAUAUUUUAUAACUUGCCGUCCGUACUAUUGUUUUUAUAUGAUUUUGAAAUGUCACCUCAUUCACAGUCAGUUCCGUCGGAUAAAUAAGGUCUACCCGCUUACCCACACUGGCCAUGUUUGCGCUCAAACAAACACACAGUAUUUGUAUGUCAAAUUUAAUCCAUUUCACUUAAAAUAUUCGAAAAAAUCAUCUGGCCAAAACAUCUUAGCCACUUAUGCCUUUCAUUCAGUCCCAAACUUUAACUUGUCACAUUCUUAUUCAAACAAAAGGUAAUUUUUAAUCUUUCCUAUAAAGAAAAGAAUACGUUUAUUAGCCUCUCACUUCAACCUGCUAAUCCACAAAAAUUCACUUGCAUAUAAAGACAUAAAAUAAGCUUGCUUGAUAUAAAUUUUAUAAUCACUUGGAGUAAAACAAAAUUAUUUUUGUGUUGUCGGUGUGCGCAAAGCGUGGUCCUCGCGCCUACGCUAUCACCGGUUAGUAAUGGCCCAUAAACCCACGUAUUAUUAAAUAGUGCCCGAUGGGGAAUAUCAGCUUGUAUAGCAAUCGCUUGGGGGGAAUAAUUCAGUAUGAUAAAGUGAAACAUGUCCAGCUGCGUGUCUUAUAUUGAAUGAAGAAAAAACUAUAAGGUAUAUAUUAAACGUAGUUUGUAUGUACCUAGACACCCAGUGAUUAGUGUGAUCUAUAGAAAGCCAAAAUAGUAUACGAGUUGUCUCGGAAACCAUGGCAUUAUUAAUAAAAAAUGUUCCUGAAAUCCUGAUUUGAUCUCAAGGUAGAUGUAUACUUUAUCUCAAUAUGAAAAAUAGUAAGUCCUCAACAAUUACAGCGUUGGCCUUUUUAGUUCGUAUAUAUACCUCUGUCUCUGACGCCAAUAUAGUAUUGAUUCGACUAAAAAUUCAAAAAUUAUGAUAAGCCUCGACAGAGGGUUAAAAUCUUGAAAUCACUCGUUCAGUAUUUUUCUGCCAGACAGAAUAUAUACAUACACAUAAUAUUCUAUUGUGGGCGACUAUCACAAGCUUGAUGUGGGAUGUAUAAAAUUUAAGGUUCUAGAAUGACUUUAAAGAAAGAUAUUAGCAACACCGUAUAGACAGAGUACAAGAGCAGAGUUACACAUAAUAGUCUAUUUCUUAUAUUCUGUGAGUCUGGUGAUAGGUGCAUAUUAGACCCUAGAGAUUGACUGAUAAAAAUGCUAGUUUAUUAUGGAAGAUAUAUUAUAUACUAUGGCUUGGUAACUGUGAAAUGACCUUUUAUGAUAUAAUAACUGAAUGUGAUUCAGUAGUCUAUACUGAGACGGAGUCUAUAUAUGGGAAUAUAUAAUUUUCUUUAUUCCACAUACAGUAUAUAUAGAAAGAGGUUUUUUAUCCAUUUUAAAGUGAAUUGGAAAUAUAGUGUAUAUAUUAAUGUAUUACGGUGUCGUAAGAGAAUGUUGAAAGUAUUAGGAAAAUUUCAAACAGUUUGCCUCGCCCCCAUCAUGGAACAUUCGAGGCGGAAGAUUGGCGAAAUUAUCAGUGAUGACCCUUGACUUGUAAGGAAGUUGCGUCUCAUUCGACGCACGAGCCGUACGUAUUAUAAACAUAGACGCCUAGCUAUUUUUAGCGGAUUAAACAUAAGCCAACUAUAUUUGUCCUCGUUUGUGUGCACGUUGAUAUUGAACGGAAACUGGUCGAAAUUCCUCCACGAGUACCUACUUUAAACAUUGUACGACCUUUUUCGAGCAUUACAAAUCAACAUUCUCUCAUCAAGCAAUGCGACAACCACGGCUUCAUUGUAUAUACUGAAUUCUGAAGAAUUUUGCUUAAAUCUGUAUUGUUCGGUGAGUAGUUUUAGUUAUAUAUUGAAUUAAAUUUUCUCGAAGAGGCAAGACACUGUCGUAGUUUCAAGUUUAGUAUUAAUGGUGGUAUAUAUAAUUAUGAUUGUGGUAGUUUAUAUGGUGAGAAUUUGAUUUAUGUUUUAUCUAUAUAGGAGCUCCUGCUUUCUCUUGUAUAGUAACUGACAAGAUUGAUAAGUCUCUUGGCGAAUCUCUAAUGAGACCUGCUAACACACAAUUUGUCCCUUGAAGCAGGGUCUGUGGACAGAACAGUUUAGAACUGCUAGAGCUAACAAAAUAACUAUUUUAUUUUCAAUUUGAUAUUAAAUUAAAACUGAAAUAUUGCUCUUGGAGUUCCCAUUAUUUGUAUUUUAUUAAAACACAUACAUAGUGACUACCAAAUAUCCCACCAUUGUUAGAAACAAGUUAGGUGAAAGUUUUUUUGAAAUUUGAAUAGCUACAAUUAUCCAUUCCUUAUUAAUUCCAGAAAACGUAGAAUAUUUUUAGAAACACAGAGUCAUAGUGCACGAAUCUUCUAUCAGAAGAGUAGGCGUAGAAUUUGGGGCAGAAAUCGUAAAACCAUCUCUUCAAAGCAUACAUGGUAAAUAGGCUUAUAUAAUGGCCAUGUAUAUUUAGAACAAAAUAUUAAGCAUCGUUAUGGUUUAAAACCCGAUUAUGGCAUCGUUAAAAUAUUAUUCAUUUCUUCUAUCAUCGUGUAUUGAAGAAUUUCGUUUUUUUAUCAAUGAUAAAAGCGUAGGUUGCCACGCACAAGCUGUGCUUGUAAAUCAAUAAUACGUGGUUGUCACUACCGUGACUGCCAGAGGUUUUCAAGCCUUUCGAGAGCUUUUGACUGAAGGGAAAGACGAAACCCUAGGAAACUUUCUGGAACCCAGGGUAUCUGCUACAAUGUACAGUACAGUACGGUGUAAUAAAGUACACUGUGCUGGCGUAGAGGACACUGUUGGGGGGAGGGGCCCCGGAAUAGAUUUUACCCCAAUAGCUUCUCGGCUAAGUCAAAUGUACCUCAUCGUCCCACUUUCCAGAUGUGAAGUUCAUAAGACUAUACCACGUGGACUAUACACAUUACAGUACGUCAUAAGAACAGUACGUUAAGAUAACAUCGUACAAUAAUACAUCAAACAGUUUUAAUAGGGCUUUGAAUUUCAGUUGUUAGCUCAAUUUCAAGACAUCUAUCAGCUCUUAUAUGUAAGAUCUGUAAGACACCAGUUUCAAACUACAGUUUUAAGACUGCUUCGCCAAAAAUACAGGCAAUUGUUUGUAGUAAGUUAACCAAUUCAGACUGUGAUCAGGGCGGCAACGCAUAACAAGUUUAUUUAAGUUAUAUUGCUUUUUACCCAAUAGAAUCGUAGCCGGCUGGCAGAUAAAUGUGGUUUCUCAAAAAUAUCUUCAUACCUCACUGAGAAGUCGAUGGCCGAAGGUUUCCCGACAAUGUGGCGACGAAGCUCUACGAGCAGUGACGAACCCGAACAAGCGAAAUCGGAAAGUCUCGAUGACGAAUCGCUACCACAACGAUCUCAAUCCGAUGAACCACGAUUCUACAGACCUGUUGAUCAAAUUCAAGUUGCUAAGCGACCACGAAGCUCGUCACCUGACCUCGACCGCGAUCGGAUUAAUAUUAUUAAACGACGCUGCAUGAGUGAAACAAGUGAAACAAGUGCAGGUAUAGCACGUGAUUAUUUCAUAUCUUGCUCACAGAAUAGGAAUGUAUAGCACGUGAUUAUUUCAUAUCUUGCUCACAGAAUAGGAAAGGUAUAGCACGUGAUUAUUUCAUAUCUUGCUCACAGAAUAGGAAGGUAUAGCACGUGAUUAUUUCAUAUCUUGCUCACAGAAUAGGAAGGUACAGCAGGAAAAGUAACUCAAGCAAGUAUUUGUCCGCGUUUUUACAAGCGAUUCGUCAUCAAUCGUGAUUAUUUCAUAUCUUGCUCACAGAAUAGGAAGGUACAGCAGAAACGUAACUCAAGCAAGUAUUUGUCCGCGUUUUUACAAGCGAUUCGUCAUCAAUCACGCCAUCCUGGCUAGUACAACCGGCACUUUGUACCUAUCAAAACCUGAUAAAAACUUUCGGUUGUACUAGCCAGGAUGGCGUGAGCGAGUUAAAAUUUUCGUAGACGUAAAACAAUAAGGGAACCGACUCGAGUUACACUUCUGCUGUACCUUCUUAUUCUUGUGUCUUGGUAGCGCAACAAGCAAGCUCAACAAGUUAUAACAAGCUUGUCAUUUUAUCAAGAUCUACACACGUAAAAACGCACAAGUUGUAACAAACCUGCAGCAGGCUUGUAACAAUGCUGUUCCAAACUUCCAAUAACUUGUCAACAGGAUGUGUUCAUACUGCUUGUUCCCAGCUUGUUGACAACUUGCUACCAGGCUGUUGAGCUCAACAGACUUGUUGUGAGUGACAACCUUGUGUAGCAACUUGAUAAAAUAACAGCAUUGUUACAACUUGUUGACAAGCUUGCUACAAGCCUAUUGCAAACACAUCUAUCUUGUUGAGAAGUUGUGAGAUUUUUUACGUCAGUUCAACCGCGAUAUCAAUUUAUGUUCGCACUCCCAACUUGUUGACAAAAUUGUCCUGCAACAGAUUUGCUACAACCUUGAAAUAUUCAGUCGAGAUAUAUUGAACAAUGUCAUAUUUCACUUUGUAGAGAUGAGCAAAGCAGCUGAUAGCUAUAAACUCAGUCUUUCUCCGUCAUCAGCUACUUACGACGUCGAGAAGAAAUGUGACGUUAUUGAUCUGGAUAUGAAACUGCAGCAUAAUACGAGCACAAUACGUGCACCGUUAAGAAGAGGUUAGAUUAAACUUUGUUGCGUGUUUUGAGAAUUGUGUUUAACUUAGAUAACUUGAUUACUAUUUCAUGUUGGAGCCACAUAAAUGAUGUAAUGCUAGGAUCAUGGUAAUCAAGUACAGAUUACUAAAAUCAUUAACAUCUCAAUCAGUUGAACAUGCAAACUUUCCAGUUGUGAAUAUGCAAACUGCAAAAAUACUGUGGGCUCAACCCUCUCGAAAUCAACAUGAAAUUUUAACUCAGCCCCCUUGAACCCCCAACAAGCGAAGCUGAGGUCCCAUGAGUCCUCGUUCUCCUUUAUACCUCUCUGGUUAGGAAUAUUGUUUCCAGAAUGUUGGUGAGCUUCAUGACUUAUAUUAUUUACCAGCAAGUAUAAGACUACUUGAUUAAAGCUAGUGCUAUUAUUAUAUAUUUAGAUCUUCCAGUACUAACGUUGCCGUCAUCAGUCUACACUGCGAAUGUUUUAUAUGGACAUAAUCAACCACACAUUGGUUUACACAGACACGUCACAUCUCCUCGUUUACUCUCGCCAUCGUUCGUAAGACCUUCGGUUGCUUCGCCGGCACAGAUUCGUCUACUUCAUGAGCAAGCUGUGACGCCAUCGCAUAUUUAUGCGCAACAAUUACGCCAGGACUUUGCUGGCAUGGCAACGAUGUUUCCUUACACGUUUACUCAUCCGUUGCCACGUACCCAGCUGCUGGCGCCACAAUUUAAAAAAUUAACUUCUGAAAUAGAGCAGAAUAAUACAAACGAAGUCUCUGAAAGAAGCCCGGAUGAUAAACAAAGAGAAAACAGUAAUAAAGAAAAUGAACCUAACACGGCCGAAAACAGUUUGUCUCCAAACAGCGAAGCCACAUCCAGUCCGAAACACGACUCUCUCGAUAAAUCACGCAGUUCUUCCGUUGAGAAUUUGAAAUUUUGCAACGAAGAAGGCGAGAGCCAAUCAAGUGCAGGCAUGUACUCAGAUCUUGCAAGUAUUGCCGCGCAAUGGGACAUUGAGGAAGUGUGUAAGUUUGUGAGCUCCGUGGCUGGAUGUAGUGAGUAUUGUGAUGUAUUCCGAGAACAAGAGAUUGAUGGUCAAGCAUUGAUAUUACUCACUGAGGAACACCUCUCGAGCAAGAUGGGCCUGAAGCUGGGGCCCGCGUUGAAACUCAAGUCAAAAAUUGACGAAUUACGUUGUGUUUAUACAAAAUAACAUUAGUGUAAAUAGAAGAUGGGAAUU